GACGCUCAGUGCCUGUGGGGCUGUCAUGGCGUCGCCCUUCAGUGGGGCACUACAGCUGACCGACCUGGAUGACUUCAUCGGGCCGUCUCAGAAUUGCAUCAAGCCUGUGAAGGUGGAUAAGAAGCCAGGAAGUGGCAUAGCCAAGAUCCACAUUGAAGAUGAUGGGAGUUACUUCCAAGUGAACCCAGAUGGCAGAACCCAGAAGCUGGAGAAGGCCAAGGUCUCCCUGAAUGACUGCCUGGCAUGCAGUGGCUGCGUCACUUCAGCAGAGACAGUGCUCAUCACCCAGCAGAGUCACGAGGAGCUGCAGAAGGUUCUAGAUGCCAAUAAGGUGGCGGUGCCUAGUCAGCAGCGGCUGGUGGUCGUUUCCAUCUCACCACAGUCCAGAGCGUCGCUGGCUGCCAGGUUUCGGCUGGAUCCCUCAGACACUGCCAAGAAAUUAACUUCAUUCUUCAAAAAAAUAGGGGUACACUUUGUCUUCGACACUGUCUUCGCAAGGAACUUCAGCCUUUUGGAGAGCCAGAAAGAGUUUGUGCGGCGAUUCCGAGGGCAAACCAACUCCAGAGAGGCCUUGCCCAUGCUGGCAUCUGCCUGCCCAGGCUGGAUCUGCUAUGCUGAGAAGACGCAUGGCAACUUCAUCCUCCCCUACAUCAGCACAGCCCGGUCCCCACAGCAGGUUAUGGGCUCCCUGGUCAAGGACUUCUUUGCCCAGCAACAGCUUCUGUCUCCUGACAAGAUCUACCAUGUAACGGUGAUGCCCUGCUAUGACAAAAAACUAGAAGCAUCCAGACCUGACUUCUUCAACCAGGAGUACCAGACCCGUGACGUGGACUGUGUCCUUACAACAGGAGAAGUCUUGCGGCUGCUGGAGGAGGAAGGCGUUUCGCUCUCAGAGCUGGAGCCUGUGCCCCUGGAUGGCCUAACCAGUAGUGUGUCUGCUGAGGAGCCCACCAGCCAUCGGGGCGGAGGCUCAGGAGGCUACCUGGAGCAUGUGUUCCGGCACGCGGCCCAAGAGCUCUUUGGAAUCCAUGUGGCUGAAGUCACCUACCAACCCAUGAGGAACAAGGACUUCCAGGAAGUGACAUUGGAGAGGGAAGGCCAGGUGCUGUUGCGAUUUGCUGUGGCUUAUGGCUUCCGCAACAUCCAGAACCUCGUGCAGAAACUGAAGCGAGGCCGCUGUCCCUACCAUUAUGUGGAAGUCAUGGCCUGCCCUUCAGGCUGCUUGAAUGGCGGAGGCCAGCUCAAGGCUCCAGAUAUGGAAGACAGGGAGCUCCUCCAGCAAGUGGAAAGAUUGUAUAGCAUGGUGAGGCCUGAGGCACCCGAAGAUGUGCCUGGGGUCCAGGAGCUGUACCAGCAUUGGCUGCACGGUGAGGACUCGGAGCGGGCCAGCCGCCUGCUGCACACACAAUACCAUGCCGUGGAGAAGACCAACUCAGGCCUCACCAUCAGGUGGUAGGAGGCCUGAGAGUCUGUGAGAGCCCCGGGGCAGCACCAGGACUCCCAGGAAGACUGUGUGGGAGGUGUCUGUGACAAAGCACUCACAGAAAACACACAGAGACCCUCAUAAUUCAAGGAGAGCUGCAAGGAUGUGUUGCUUUCUGUGCUAGAGUGGAGCACCAGAUGCACGUGGGUCCUUGGCCUCUGUGUGUCUGGUUGGUAAUGUUGACCGCAGCCUGUAUACCUCCAGAUUCCACAGUGAGAUCUGCAGGGUGGGAGUGCAGGCGGGAUCAGAAGUAGCCAAGGAGAGUCAAGGAGGUUCCAGAAUCUCCUCCACUGGCCUGAAGCCACGGGCAUCUUCCCUGCCCUACCCUCCGGCUGUAGUAGCCUGAGUAUGAGGGGUGUCAUGAAUGUGGCUAAGCCCUGAAGCUACAGUGUAUAGGGCAGGUAUCAAGCCUGAACAUAGUGGGGUAACUGAUCCUGGUCUUUGCUAGGGUCUUAGUGUCUGGGCGGUUUGUCAGCACUAAGCCUAUAUGGCUGUGAGAACUCCAUAGCUGGGUCUCACCACUAAUAAAACAGGUCUGCUCUUCCGGAA